AUUGCUAUUAUGACAUCUUGAAUUUUGCGCAGAGCAAUGAAAGUUGUAAAUUUGACUUCAUGGAUAUUGGGAUCAAAAGGCAAGGAAAUUCAUCAACAUGCAGCGAUAAAUGCCUGUUACUUUCAACGGAUUUGCAUAUUUAUCAGAGUUUUUACUUUAAAGUUACCAACAUUUCUGUGACAUUUCAUAUCAAAAGCGAUAAAUAUACAUUCACUCUUGAAACGCAUCGUUGUUCUGGACAUGAAAUCAACGAAAUGAGAUUGGAUAUUGUUUGUGGCUCUCCAAUACGCUCAGGCGAAUCUUUCAUUGCCUGUACCAAAGAUGUAGCAUGCCUCGAUGACAGAGCAGAGUGUCAGUUUCUAACCGAUGGCGGACAAGGUCAUUGUGUUUGUAAAGAUCGUAGUAUGUUUAUCAAAGGUCAAGUUUGUGACUGCAGAGAGGGAAAAAUCAGAUACAAGGACACGUGUUUCGAUGGUCACAAAGGUCUCCAUGAAUCGUGUACAAUUGAUGCGCAAUGCAUUGCCACCGAAGGAGCAGGUCGAUGUAGAUUAAAUGAAAUGAAGAAAACCUGUCAGUGUUCUAAAGAAUAUAUACUUAUCGAUGGAAAGUGCAGAAAACCAAAUAAAGGCCUGAAUAUGACAUGCACAGUAAGUGAGCAAUGCAAUGCUACUAGAGGAGCUGGACUUUGUACAUUUAAUGGAAAGAAUAAAGUAUGCCUCUGUUCGAAAAAUUAUGAACUCGUGAAUGGAACAUGCUUAAAGGGUAAAAGGCUUCUUGGCGAAAGUUGCUCCUUUAGUGAACAGUGUUCUGGAACCAAAAAUGCUGGAAAUUGUAAAUAUUCAGUAUCAUCUAGAACCUUUAACCGAGAGAAAAAAUGUCAUUGCGAUGAUAACUUCCUACAGGUCCUAGGACAGUGUCUUUCAGGUAAUUUAUCAGUAGGACAUAAAUGCUACCUUUCUUCCCAGUGUUCCAGUACAAAACACGCGGAUCGAUGCGUUGAUGGAUAUUGCCUCUGUCAAGAUGGAUACCUCCUAAAGGAACAAAAGUGCUUGUCCGGUUCAAAGCUUCUUGGAGAGAGCUGUGAUAUUGAUGAGCAGUGCACUGGCACAAAAAAUGCUGGAACCUGUAAAUAUACAGGAGGUUUAGAUUAUACAGCUAGUAAAAAAUGCCAUUGUUAUGAUGGUUUUUCAACUUUUAGUGGAGACUGCCUCCAAGGCAAUUUAUCUGUUUGUCAGGAAUGUUUCCGCUCUUCGCAGUGCAGUGUUGCAGAUCCUGCUGCACGAUGUGUCGAUGGUCUCUGUCUCUGUAUAGAGGGAUAUCUAAUGAGGGGAAGAGAAUGUGUCCAAGGUUCGAAAAACCUUGGACAUAGCAAUACGCCUUUUAUGCAGACUGAAAGCAAUUUAGCACUUCAAAAUAUGUACGAUCAUUCCAAAAGUGUCGUAGGCGAAUCAUCGUCUCAAAUACCAGCAAUUCGAAAAGAAAUUGAAUUCAAUGAUUAUCCAUACUCAAGCAUCGAGCAGACGUACAAUCAUCUAAAUGAUAACACUGACUUGACGCCGAUGAAUAAGGUGUACGACUUAGCACGACACACAGAGAAUGACCAGAGAGGAGAUACAUACACCUUAGCGAAGGCUCUACCAUCUUCAGAAAUGGAUGUCAUAGUUGAAGCUGUUGAUGUUUCCACAGUGACACUAUGUGACGAAGUGGAACACUGA